AGAGAGAGAGAGAGUAAACAGAAAUAACACAGAUUACUGAGUUUUCUGCAUUCUCACUCAAAAUCUCAGUUCUCCUUUUUGCUUGCUUGGAGAGAGAGAGAGAGAGAGAGAGAGAGAGAGAGGAUGAAGAUGAUCAUAUCACGUUUUCUCCGCACAAAAUCCUCAAUUCCAAGGCUCUACUAUGCAACAGGUGUAUCCAGAAAUGUGAGGUUACUGUCAUCGGAUUCGAAUAAGGUAAACGAACCCUUCAAAGUUGAGCAUGUAAAAGUUGAGGAAGCAGAGACCAUAAACGUGCCUCCACCUCCAUCAGAGAAGUUACUUGUUUUGGGUGGAAAUGGGUUUGUUGGCUCACAUGUUUGCAGAGAAGCUCUGGAUCUAGGCUUGUCGGUCUCUAGUACUAGCAGGUCUGGAAAGUCUAAUAUACGUGAGUUGUGGGCUGAUAACGUCACCUGGCACCAAGGAAACCUUCUUGUACCUGAAUCAUUGGAGGAUGUGCUGGAUGGGGUAACUUCUGUGAUAUCAUGUGUUGGAGGGUUUGGUUCAAAUUCAUAUAUGUAUAAAAUCAAUGGGACUGCAAACAUCAAUGCAAUUAGAGCUGCCGCUGAAAAAGGAGUAAAAAGAUUUGUAUAUAUCUCGGCUGCUGACUUUGGUGUGGUAAAUUAUUUGUUAAAAGGAUAUUAUGAGGGAAAGAGAGCUGCUGAAGCGGAACUAUUAUCAAAAUUCCCAUAUGGAGGGAUAAUUCUUAGGCCCGGUUUUAUAUAUGGGACUCGCCAGGUUGGGAGCAUGAAGUUACCUCUAGGUGUCAUUGGUUCACCAUUGGAAAUGGUCCUCCAACAUGCAAAACCACUAAAUCGGGUCCCUCUUGUGGGCCCGCUGCUUACUCCUCCUGUCAACGUGACUUCAGUAGCAAAGGUUGCCGUCAGAGCUGCAACAGAUCCAGUGUUCCCUCCCGGCAUCGUCGACGUCUAUGGCAUACUACGAUAUGGUCAACAAAAAUGAACUCUUCCUUUUUCCUUUUUUCUGUUUAAUAAAUCAUAUAAAGAAACGACAAGACUACAGUGAUAGUUAACCACCUUAAAGUAGUAGCGUCUCAUCCACUACACACACGGCUUACAUAGACCGUCCAAACUUUGUAUUGUGGAUGUGGGGUAUGCUGAAAAUCACACUGAUUAAAUGAUCCUAACCAUCCAAAAGAUAGAUCAAUUGGUUGGUUAUAAAUGGAGUGGUCAGUGAUCUUAAUUCAAUGAGCUACAUCCUUCCUCAAGGACUAUUUUGGGAUAUGCUCUAUCCACAGUGUGGCCCGUAACUUUGACGGUCCAGAUUUCGGACAAUGUAUGUCGUGUGUGCAGUGGGUGCGAUGCAACAACGUGAAAAAUGGUGCAGAGCUAUUAAUGUAGUUCCAAGAUUCGAGUGAAAAAAUAUAUAUAUUUUUUCCCUCUUUUUUUCUUUUUUUAGGGGAUUUUGGCCCAACAAUAUUUCAAACUCAUGUAGGUUUGAGAAAAAGUGUUGGGUGGGGAUGUUUUUCUUAACAGAAAUCAUAUAGCCAUUCUGUUCUUUUGUUUUUUGGGGUCAUUGCAUCUUUUCAAGCAAUAAUAACAUGCAUGAGUUUCAUGCAGAAAUUCGAUCUUUA